AUGGCCAUGUUCAUCGUGUUCCGAAACAUCUGGAUGAACAUCAGCCCUCAUCAUUUUCAUCCACGCAUCCUCGUCAAGUAUGGGUUGAUCUCGUGGAGUUUAGCUGAGACGGUCUUUUUCAUCUACAUCUGGCAGUGCACCCGCUUCUUGAACACACAGACCACGCGCCGGUGGCGGGCAGUGAACGUGCACGGCACAGAAGAGAAGCGGCGGGCUUCGAUGGAGCGGUAUCUGCAGAUGCUGGCCCAGGUGUGCCGAGGUGGCGACCGAAGCAACGGGGACGCUGCGGCAGCGCCCAAUCCUUCGCUUCGCCGGGGCCUACUGGAUCGCUCGGCCAAGGCCAGCAUCACGAUGAAUGGCACACUGGGCCUGCGGCCAAGAUCCUCCGGGACCCUGGCACGGAGUAGCAGCUUCCUCGGUCUCGGUGCGGCAGUAAAGAAGGAGGAAAGCGUUGAGGACCUACUGAAGCACAUGGAGGGCUCCCAGGGCAAUCUCGAGGAGGAACUCCAGAGGCUUCGCUGGCACGAGCUGGCAACCUUCUUCCAUGGCUCUGGGCGUGGGGACGCGGAUGACAUACUUAGCUGGCUGAAGCGGGACAACGUGCAGGAGUGGAUUGCCCACUACUGGUUUCGCGGAGCUACGCCGGACGAGCUCCGGGAAGAUAGCCCCGAGCAGUUCAAGGAGCUUCGAUGCUUAACAGACCAUGUCCUGCAGACAUCCGGGCUCCUGGAUAUGCGUGAGGGCCGCAACGCGGACGUCAAGACCUACAGGGUGUUCUCUGACCCGCUGCCCGUGGUUCAUCGCCCACUCUUUGUCUAUGCCGGGACCUCGCUUCUGUGCCCGCUGGUCUCUUACAAGGUGAUGCAGUGGCUAGGUUUUCAUCGGGAACGGUCGGGAGGACUCUGCUACUGGAAACGUCCUCGGCGAAACGAUGUGGACCCCCGCGAUGACGUUUCCGCCCCCAGGGGCGAGCCGCUGGUCUUCGUGCAUGGCCUGGGGGUCGGCUUGGUGCCAUACUUCCUCUUCAUCUAUCGCCUGUCAAAGCGGCACAGUGGCGAGCUCUUCGUACCAGAGUUUCCCUUCCUGGCCAUGGCCCCAUGGGAGUCCGUGCCCUCGGCACGCGAAGUGGUGGCCCAGCUUCAGGACAUGCUGGCUGCGCACGGCCACCGCGCUGCCCACUGGCAUGGGCACUCCUUCGGCUGCGUCGUCAUCGGUUGGGUCAUGAAGAUGUCCCCGAGCUCCGUCGUCUACUCGACCUUGAUGGAGCCUGCACAGUUUCUGGUGAUCAAGGCUGAGGCCCUCACAAAGGUUCUCUGGGGCCAAGCUGCGACCACGUUCGAGAUCUUGAUCCGCUAUUUUGCAUUCCGUGAGCUUUUCACGGUGAACCUCCUUUGCCGAAAUUUCUUCUGGGAGCAAAGUUCCAUGUGGCCCGAGGAGUCUCGCGUCUUGGGUUUUUUGUCAAGCGGAGACGGCUUCUUUCGAUGGACAGCAAUAAUCUGCAAGCAAUAG